AUGGAAAAUCCAAAAUUAUUCUACAGCUACAUAAGAAGCAGCACACGAAACAGAGAUCCAAUCCCCCUCCUGAAGACUGGCGGAGAAGUAGAGAUUAGUGAGGAUGGAGAAAAAGCUGAGCACUUUUCACAAUUUUUCAAAUCCAUCUUUACUAGUGAAAGUCCAUUUACUCCCCCCGACUACGACUUCGAUGAGGGUCCAAAAAGUGAGUCUGUGUCUUUUGAUGAAGCGACGGUUCGCAAAGAGCUAAUGACGCUAAAUGAGUCGAAAUCACCAGGUCCAGACGACAUACCGCCUAAGUUACUGAAGGAGCUCGCUGCCGAACUAGCCAAACCAUUGUCCAUGCUUUUCCAAGCCUCGUUCGAAGCCGGCUGCUUGUCCGCCGACUGGAAAUCUGCGCGGAUCACACCACUGCAUAAAGGAGGCAGCAAGGCCUCUGCAAACAAUUACAGGCCAAUUAGCCUCACUUCCAUCUGCUGCAAACUCAUGGAGAAAAUAAUCAAGCGAGAGCUGAUGCGCUUUCUAGAGCAGCAUAAUUUAUUAUCUGAUGCGCAGCAUGGGUUUCGUAGUGGCAGGUCUUGCGUGACUAACCUGCUCAACUGUUUGGAACGUUGGACUCGGUCAGUUGAUGAAGGCAGUGCGCUGCAUGUAGUCUAUAUCGACUUUAAAAAGGCAUUUGAUAGUGUCCCACAUCAGCGACUCCUGCACAAACUGAGCCGAACAGGCGUUAGGGGUAACCUCUUAAAAUGGAUUCAAAGCUUCCUGUUAGACCGUUGUCAAACUGUCCAUGUCGGUGGCCAGAAGUCGACGGAGGUUGCCGUUGAAAGCGGUGUUCCCCAAGGCUCAGUUCUUGGCCCUACUUUGUUCAUCAUUUACGUCAACGAUUGCGUGAGUGAACUGGAUUGUGGUGUCGCCAUGUUUGCGGAUGACAUUAAGGUCUGGAGCGUCAUUCGAACUGCAGAUGACGAAGAACAUGUGCAGGCGAACCUAAAUCGACUCCAACAGUGGUCAAAGGCCUGGCUUCUGCCGUUCAACGAGAAAAAGUGUAAUAUUCUACGAGUCGGCAGAGCUCGCUCUCCGAACCAUAUGGCCUACUGUCUAAAUGGUAUACCACUGCAAGAAGUGGACUCGCAGAAGGACUUGGGAGUAUGGAUUACGACCUCGCUCAAACCCUCGCUGCACUGCACGAAGAUAGCCAAGUCUGCAAUGUCAGUCCUCUACCUUGUCAAGCGGGCUUUCUCUGCCUUUGACGAAGACUGCUUCGCUAAAGUCUUUCGAACUUUUGUGCGUCCGCAACUAGAAUUUGCUAUCCAAGCUUGGAGACCCUGGACCGCGAAGGACCUCAGCAUCCUUGAAAGGGUUCAAAGGCGUGCAACGAAACUUGUGGCAGGACAGGGUUCACUACCAUAUGCAACGCGGUUAGCUAACCUUCAUCUCUUUCCCUUGAGUUACAGGCAGUUACGGAGUGACCUGAUACAAGUCUUCCGUAUCAUACGCGGUCAGGACUGCAGCCUCGUACCGGGUGACUUCUUCGAGUUAGCAACCACCACAAAUCUACGAGGCCAUCCAUUCAAACUACGUGUGACAGGGGCCAGACUGGACACACGAAAGUUCUUCUUCUCCAACAGAGUGGUAGAAGCAUGGAAUGCCCUGCCUGUGGAUGUCGUUAUGUCUGCUUCCGUCGAGGUUUUUAAAAGGACGCUGGAUUUGUGUAGCAGUGUGCACUAAAUUACUACCCCGAUCUCUGUAACCUCGACAAAUUCCGUUAUUAUAAUACUACUUGCUAUAUUUCAGUAACAUUUAAAAUUGAACUUAUUAUUGUACCAACCCAUCGCCUACGCUUACUGACAUGCACAUAUGCAAAUUUUGUCCCCGGACAUAUUAUUUAUUUCGCUGCACUCGAAACGACAGCUCUACAACUGCUCGUACCACUAAAAUUCGAGACAGUUUGUUUGUCUGUACAGACCUGACGCUUUUCCGAUUAUUUGUUACUUUAUGAUACCUUUUCGAGUUUUUGAGAUUUUGCAGUUGCUUGUAAACAAAUAGGGAGUUCAAAGGUGAAGACCUACAUUUCCCUCAAUAAACUGAACUGAACUGAACUGAACAAUAUAUUUUGAGCAAAGGCAUUCUGACUAUGUUUGCUGUCUUCGGAAAAAUUGGUUUUCGGAGUGGACAAAGUUAGAAAAUUAAACACAUUGUGUUAUAGGCCUCACUUAGGAUGACGGUCUAUACAGAUUCCAGUCACACCUCUAGGUCUUUCACCUCAGAAUUUCGAUUUGAUUUCGUUUAAUUUCUUUUUACGUAAUAAGUCUGCGAACUAACUGCAUCCUGGGGUGUUCUUUUGCGUCGCCCUGGGGGCUUGGUAUUGUAUACAAGUCUGGGAAAGCAAUAAUUCACGCUAAGGUUUAACACCGCCUCAAACUAAUCUGCCCUGACCUGACAGACAGGCCGAUUAAGGGGCAUGGCAAAUCGUUAGGCCACGAGGGUUUGCAUCUCUAAACACACAUCAGUCAUCAAACUGACACUGGAUUCUUCAAGUUCAUCCAACAAGACGUCAAAAAACCCGCAAUAACGCCAUCUGUCCCGCAUCCUACAGCAGUGUGGGCUAGAUAGGAUGCCGUCUGAGACAGUUAGUCAUCUUCUUUGUAUAGUCAUAAUACUAAUUACUUUAAAACAUUUUUAGUGAUAGGAGGUAGAAUUAUCGCCCAAACCGGGAACACGGUCUUGCACUCGAACCUCGCUUUUAACAUUCCAACAUAAGUAGUCCAUAUGACAUUAGCUGGCUCUCCCAAGUGAGCGUAUUGCAUUUUGUGUUGCCUGCUUGAAAGACAAUCUUACAAGCGCAGAAGAAAGACAAUUUGAAACCUCAACCAAUCGAUAUGUUUAACAACUAAGGCAUUUGCAACGUUCUUCGACUACCCAGCACCAGUGCCUAAUAAUUAUCAAUAGUAAAUCUACACGCGAAAAUCAUUGCUAUAUAAACAAAAUUUGUCCAGGCUUUAAUUUGGUAGGUGGUUGGAACAUGAAAUGCGUGAUUGUGCCAUAAGGGGCAUAUUAGGAAAAACUGAUUCGGCUUAAAAGCCGGUGAUCCCAAAUGCCUCUCCAGCCUUCCGCAGUACAUCCAAACGAGGGCACGCGGAGAACUUCGUACUUUGUCAAAUGACACUGCCCUUGUCAUAAAAGUCAUCACAUUUAAAAUAAAACCGUUAAAUAAUUUGUACUCAAUGUGUUAAAAUCAUUUGGAAACUUUGUUUAGUCACAUGUUAACGGGCAUUGGCACUUUUGUUGCACAUUCCAAGAGUUGGAAAGAUGUUUGGAUGAGGUUACCUUAUGUGGAUACCGCCAAGACGCAAACUUGAAAAUCCAAUUUCUUUUCAUUUAGAUGAUCUUCCAUUUAACGCCAGGAGGGAUUUUUUAGCAGUAACAAAAUCUCCAGCCUGUGUAAACUUCUAAUCCUAUCGUAAAAUUUAGUAUGGCAUUAACUCUAACUCUGGAUGAAACUUCCAUGCAACUUAGCGCAAUAACCACCUGUCUCCUCAACUUGGCUGGGGAAGGGAGCGAGCAUAAACGGUGCACGUCAUGUCCUGUGUAAGUAAACAUCUGAUUUUCAGUGACCAAUAGGGGCAGUCAACGAGGCACUGGUGAAAGUCGGUCCGUCGAAGUUUUUGUUUUUCCGAUCUAAGCGGGAUUAUGAUUGAGUUAAUCAAAGCCAACAAGCCUGAAAUAACGCUGUAUUAGUUUAUCCCCAAAACCCGUUGUAUCUCUUCUGGUAGUAUAGUUUUGUCGACUUCGGUCUGCUAACUGAUGGCCUGUUCUUGAUCUCUACCACGCAUUUAAAGCUUGUUUGCUUCGGAAGACCAAUGAAUAGAUGUGACUCCAAUCAUGAGCAAUUGUUACUUCAUAAUACCCCGUUUCUUUCCUAAACGGAUUAUCAUAAUCGACAAGUGGGUUUUGACCUACAAGUAUACGACGUUCCAUUAUGUGGACCACAGGAAACCACCGAGAUAUCUGAUACUUGGUUUAAAUAAUUUUAUACUGGAGACAUCUAUCAAUUUCAGAUACUUACUGCUGUAUAACAAAUACCAAAUAGCAUCUGCCAAUCCCCUUUAGAACUCCGGCGGACAUUUUCAAGUGCCUCAACAUGCCAUUCUAUAUCCAACAAUUUCCUUUUACGAAACCCACUAAGGGUACGCGAUCGAAAGUUUUAUUUUUAUUUUCAACAAAGCACAGUUGGACAUUCUGUGUGUAGGCAGCAAAGUGGAGGAGUUCUUGGAAUUAAUGAAUAAACUAAUUUUUCGUUAUGCCACUUUAUCUUUGCAUUGUCUUUUGAAGCGAACAUCGGUGAUCCAGGAACCAGUUCAGAAGAUCACGUCAUGAACACUGGAACAGAGUGUUUUACUGGCCCCACGCAAACUCAUUAUCCGAGACAGCCGCAAAUAAGGGCAGUCGAGUCACACAGAAUGCAUUACGUAUAUUGUGUAGCUGCCGUAGGACCACAUGCGUACUAUAAAUAACAGCUUGCGCUAUCACCGGUAGGAUUCAAAAUUGAGGCGAUAAUAACUCGUCAAUCAGCGUCCGAGUCGUUAAUUGUCGCAAUUUCACGAUCUGGGAUUGUUGCUCGCUCACGCCUUCCACACGCGACCUAUUCCCAUGCUCAUGAAAUACCUCCGCACCUAAUAUGGUAAGGGGAAAUCAUUGUGCUCUUCGAUUGUUUACGGGCCUGAGAACCAAGCUUCUCGUAACUCAAGACUCACAGGGUUGUCACUCCUUGUAAGGAAUGGGGUCUCGAAAAUUGAAAAUAUGGCCGGUUGCCGUAAACUGAGCUGAUGUUUAAGUGCUAAUGCCUUUUAUGCCCACCGAUGCUGUGUUCUUGGUCAUCGACGUCUGGAGAUAUCCCCAGGUCUCUCUGACGUUUUUACUAUGUCCGCAAUUGCACCAGAUCCGGCAAACGACCCCACUUGUUUUCUGUCGUGGUAGUGUGGCUUUCCAGCAUAUAGUUUCGACGAUCAUAGUUCUUUAUCCGAAGUGGUCCAGCAGCCUUAACACAAUUCUUGCGUACAUCAUUAGGCAACCGUUCGCAUGUUUUAUACGGCGAUUAAUCAAAAUUUUUCAAUUGAUAAUAUUUGAGUCCCGUCCUCCUUACUCUUCCAUACAGUUUGCUGUCUUUCGCACACUCUGACUCCGAUGCUUGCUCUAGUCUUGUUCUAUGAGUCCGUGCACCUCCUCGCUUAAUGUGACACCAAAGCAUAUGAAUAACAUGUCAAAUAUCACAGUCUUGUAGUCCGGUUUGACCCACAGUCGUGGUUAGCGACAAGAUGUCACAAGUUCGUGCAUCAAAGGACGACCAAGUAAACUCGGCACACUAACAUCUCUCCUGGACCUCCGGAAUCCGCGCGCGUGCAGUACGCCGUCUGGAAUAUUUUGCGGCUGUUGUGAGGUUUUUACCAAUGUACACCUCGAAACGUAUGCAUUUGUAAAUGACAAGAUGGAGAAGUCGAUCAAAAUUCAGUUGCAUUUGUAGGGUUAUAUUUCAGACGGCCGGCAACACCCAAUUCAGCUAUUUGAGAUGCAAAAUAUGUAUCCAAAAAACAUUUUUUAACUGGUUUCGUAAAUUAACAAACCUGAAAGCUAUUAUACACAUAAUAGCCAAGAAUUAAUUAUCAUCCUAAGUAGACUUAACUAGGUUUCAUACUGCUGACAAUUACUAAUGGCAGUCCGUGGAAAGGACCUAAAAAAACCAUCUUUGAGAGAGAAGAAGUAGCUUUUGUCCAUAUUAAUCAAUUUUCAUAAACCGUGGUCGACGCGUACUUGGCCACUGCCAGAAUUGCUUGCAUCAACGUAGGACAGCUCCGGGAGGGACGAUCAAGUCAUUUUUGGUGGGAAGUUCUGAUUUGUUUCAGUGGUUAACAUCAACUGUUUUGAGGUUCAUAAGCAAAAUUGAUCAUGCGUUCAUCGAGAACUGGUGAUAUUAAUUCCUGAGACGAAAACGUAUUGAGUAACGUUGAAAUGUUAAUGAAAUUUUCAGUCUACAUAAGAUAUUCGUUUUAAAAUCUGGUAAUAUCCGACAAUAGAUUGUUAAAAUGGUUGCAAGUUUCCCUCAAUUCCACUUCUUGACGAGUUCAGUACGAUAACUUCGUCGUCUGCUGUUGGAGGCAGACAUGUAUAGUGCCAAUAAUUUGGAGGCGAUGGGCUUCCCAAUGAUUUUCAAUUAAAAGAUAAUUGUGAAAUUUGGAAUGUCAUUCCGAUUUUUAUAAAUAUGUUUGCACUCACCAGCUUUUACACGAAUCCGCGGUGGUUUGACCGUCGCACCAAGAACCCAGCAACAUAUUCGAUAAUACUUACCAUGCCAGUCUGUGAACAGUUAUUAAUUUAUUGGAAUAAAAUAGAUCGACAUAUUUCUUUAUUUUAUGGGGAUAUCAACGAUGCUUAAUUUAGUGAAAAUGUUAGCAAAUGGCCAUUACCUUGUGUCAUGCGGUGUUUAAGCAAGUAGGCUUGAACACUCAUUUCAGUGGACUAAAUCAGUGGAUGUUUUUGCCAAAGCAGCGUGAUUUUUACACCUACGCUGUGUUGCAUCAGUAAUGGCUAAGCAAAUCAUUGAGAUGGCAUUCAAAGUAGAGGACAUACAAACGAUUCUGCUCAGUUGUUAUACAAGUGUGACAUGUACAUAACAUAUGACAUCGUUUUGGACCGCAAUUUAAGGCAACUGUUGAUGAUACUUACCGGAUGGAAGAAAAUAGCCCUAACAAUAUCAAUCAAAUGUCCUCUCUAGAUCUGGUUUACGCAGGUACAAAACAUCUGGGCAGCGUCUAUCAAUUCAUCGACCUUCAUUUACUGGACAUAGAAAAUCUGGAGGAACGCGAAUUGUACUGGUUUCUCAACCAGUUAUCGAACGACCCCAUCCAUAGCCUCUUGUCAGUAACUGUCGGCUGUAUGGCCUGAAGUGGCCGAUAUUCAAAUUGUGCGAGUAAGGCUAUUAUCAUUUAAACAUUCGAGUCCUACAAUCGUCCAAAUGAGUUAAAGAAAGUGGGCUUUUUUCUUUCGAACACAUUUCUUCCCAUGUCAGACUGCUAAACGUAGUGCUAAUGGCUGUUUCAGGGUGAUGAACUAAAACCGACGAAAUAGCAAUCGUUAAUUACGAAUUCAAGUGGGGACUAUUGAGCGGUAAAAUGCAACAUGCGUUCGCCAAUAAUCUGAUGAAAUGCACCUGAAAUAUUAUCACAUUCUUAGAGUUGUCAUUUGUAGAUUUUUGGAUUUCGAGGUUUGCAUUGCUGCAAACCUCGCAACAGCCGCAAAACAAUUUCAGACGACGUUGUGCAUGCUCGAGGAUUCCAAAGAUCUAGUAGAGAUGUCAGGGGGCCGAGCUUAUCUGGUCGUUCAUUGAUUUGUAACUGUGUUGCAACCUGUCGUUGGACAUGGAUGCGGGUCAUCCUAACGCACUGAUGUGUAUUCUUAGGGCUAUUGAUAUGCAAUGGUGUCACAUAAUGCUAGAAUGAGCAUGCACUCGUGGUAGUAGAUUAACAAAUUACCCUGAGCCGAAAUAUGUGAAUGCUAACUUACUAUAAGGAAGAGCAAGAAAAAUAGGACUUUAAUGUUUUCGAUUGUAAAUUAUAAAUCGAUACGGUCUGCAGAAACUAGGGACGCAAGAAUAACUGUGUGCAAAAUAAUUGCCCUGACGGUGAGGACUGGUUUAAAAUUAGCGGAUGCAAUGGCCAAAACAACAGUCGUAUUAGCUGUAGGGUAAGUUUACACCAUGCUAACAGUACAUGCAUUAGCCGAAAGUCCAUAGACGCCUGUUUUGCCGAUGCUCUGCCGCAGCAUGGCGCAGCUGCGAGGGGUUCGGCUCGUCAGUGGGUCCCCAGCAGUAACCGUCGGUAUUCUGAUAAAUACAUCAGUUGAGAAAUUUUGUUUUUUAAUUUCCUUUAGAAAUCAUUUACCAACUUGGAGUAGAUCAGUUUAUUCAAGGUCUGUAGGCACAAACCGAUAAUGUCAUGUAUGAAUAAUUGGGCCGGAGUCCAUGAGCCACAGCAGAUGACCGCGUAAUAUUCAUUAACCGGCCACAGGCAACUAGUAUUAUUCUUUGGGUUGAGGAAAUGCAAUACAAUCAGAACAGGUGAUGAAUAUUACGAGGUUAUUCUUUGUAUCUAAUGUAAGUCGGUACAUAUAUGAAUGCAAAAACUUCUCGGUCUGUGCCUAUAAACCAUGAAUAAUCUGAUUUACUCCAAGUUCGUAGACCAUUUCUAAGGAAAUUCAAAAGCGACAAAUCUUAUUAGUUUUUAUCUUCGGAUUCUUCGAAUCGCUGGUGAUUACGGUGGACGCAGAAAGAGGUGCACUUUGUAAAGAACAGAGUUGUCAAUCUUCCACACAGCUAAUAUUAUUUGCUGUUCGGCAUUCGUUCUGAGAUGGAGUCGUAUUUGAUACGAUGAUAACUGGCCGGUCUGUGCCUGAGCUGUUAAUGGCUAAAAUGUUAUCAGCGUUUAAGAUUUCCAGCAUUAUAAUUUUUCUGUCGUUUGGCUUAUUGUCGCUGGAACUAUCGGUUGCCGACGCCUUCCCAGGAGCCAGGUUACCAUGGUCCGGCAAAAUCGCAGUACAGCAUAUGAGACGAUAGGCCAUUGCGUUUGCUGAUCGAGUGAGAACGCGAUAAACACGACUUAAAUAACGUAAAGCACAAGCGGCUGUCCGAUUUUGCUAGAAUUUUGGCCGCGUCCCAAUUGACGGUGUGGCCCCAUUGGGUCGAGUGCGCUCUAUUUUCGGCAGCUCGUGUCUGGCGUGAUAUCCUAGUAACCCCGUUGAUAUUUUUCCGUAGCAGUUGUAAAUCCAACAACGUUUUCUACUAAUUUGGGUCAUUUGACCUUAUUUAUUGACGUCUGGAAUUUGCUACUGUUCUGCUUUCAACUUGAAUAGCAAGUGGCACGAGUUUGCUGCUGAAGACACUCAAUUCAUACUUCACGUACACACUGCUCGCCAAAAUUUGCCGACAGUCAGAUUGUUUUCUUCUUUCUGUUUGUUUCUACAGCCCCUGACGUAUUUGCCUGGGCAAGCAUCCACUGUAAUUGACUGUCAAAAAUAAAUGGUUUGUUAGGCAAUCGUCAUUUAUAUGUCUCAUGCAAAACGUACAAAAGCAUUGAGACAUAAAUCUACGCAAUGCUACAGGCUAAUAGGAACCCAGAUUCAAUAUCAUUAACAGAUCGGCAUAUGAAAGUGUCCAACAAAAGGUCUAUGCCCAACUCUUAAGCAUGGAAAAGUGCACAGAGAGAGCGCUCCCUUCCACUAAUCGUAUUAUUCAAAGGCACUCUAACAUACUGCCUAAGUGGCUGCUUCGUCUUCCUAAGUUUCCGAUGUUCGAUUCGCAUUCCCCAUUCAGCUCGUAAAUUCGGUUCUUGUUUAACAGCCUCAACGUAUAUUUUAAUGUGAUAUGCUGUUUUACUUAACUCAACAUGAUUUAACGUACGGGACCAACAAUUUAUUCCCGGAUCGCAAAAAUACUAAGACAGACAACCGCCUGCAGCGCAUUAUUAUAUGUUCUUUACAUGUUCCUCAAAGCCUACGUACCUAUGGAAAUAUAACUUUAGGAGUCGCGUGAUUCAGACAUGUUAAAGACGGUUCUCCUUUUUAUUUCAUUUCUGUCCCAUGGGCAUAAAGAUUUACCGACGAAUUUCCUGGCUUCCAACAUGGCCAAAUAGAAAAAUAAUUCUUAAAUAACUGAUUACAAAAAGCAUUUUGCCCCCUGUCCUACUAAUUAGUCAUAAUUAAGUCCGCACACAAUCCUGAUAUAUACCUAUCGUCCUCGAAUAAACUGUUAUUCAAAAUUUAGUCUUGCAUUUAGAUCUGCACUCGCAAUGCGUGUGUUCUUUUAGAUGUAAUCACUAUUUCGAAUUCCGGAAUUAUAGAUGAUAUUUUGUGUAAUCACGUAUUAUUGAUGCAGGACCCUUUUCAUGGGAUAUGGUUGGCGAAACUAUUUAGUUUAUCAUUUGCACUGUGAAACCACCUCACUUUUUCCUUUAUUGUGAGAUUUUUUGCCCUACUCUACAGGAUCUGAGAGCUGUGACCAACAAAUUAUUCCCGGGACACUAAUAUCGUUAGGUGGACAAACGCAUGGACGUGCUUUGGUCUAUUCGUUGAAUGUUGAUUCAAAACUACUUACCCACAGAAAUAGAACUUUGGGAGUCGCGUGAUUCAGACAUAUCAAGACGGUUCUUCGUUUUAUUUCAUUUUUGUCCCAUGGGGAUAAAAAUUUACUGAAUAAUUUCCUGACUUCCUACAGCAAAAAGGGAAUGUGUCCCUUAAAGAAUUAAAUAAAACAGCAUUUGAGCCGUUUUUAAAUAAUGAGUCAAAACUGAAUGCGCUUACAAACCUGAUAUGCAACUGUCGUACCCGACAAUUUUUUUAUUCUUAUCGAAAAUGUUGUCUUACUCACACAUAUUUAGUUACUUUGCGUGUGUUCGUCUCUUGAUCGCAAUCACUGUUUUGAACUUUAAAAUUACAUAUGAUGUUUUGCGGAAUCAUUUCUUAUUGAUGCCCAUUCUUUUCUUUUAACGCAGAGCUCUUUUCACAACAUUUCGCCAUCGAAGAUAUUUAAGUCAUCAUUCCCAUUUACGUUAUAUGGCCAUGCUGACGUCGUAUUUCUGACGUGUCCGAAAAAAGCGUCCAUACCUGCUGAGUGUCGCCAGGCUAGAGGAAGCAUCAUUCAGCGACAAGUCCUUGAUUAUUUAUCUCUGCCCUGGUCUUUCGCGUAGUUCAUGUUUCAGUCUUCAUUCAUUGAGAAGUGCCAUUGGCUACUGAUACGCGACAGUGAAGUGGCAUGUCAACGAAUAUCUGCUAAUCAGUUACUAUAUCAGAAGAUGUAACAAGUACUGCAUUAUAUAUUGAAAGCCUUUGAUGAUUGUUUAACAAUCUAAUGCUGCCUUAUUGCAACGCAGUCGAAGAGCUAGGGGAUCCAUUCAAGGCAUUUCCCAUAGCACAUAUAUAUCACGAAUUGCAAGCAGCCAUCCAGCUUAAACAAUUACAUACUUGCCACAUUGGCUCAUGUCCCUAGCAACAACAUCAUUCAUAUUCUUGCGAAUCACAAACAUGCAGGUUUGCGCAAUGUCCGGCCAGCGCACAAUAAUAGAUGUUUAAAUGUCUCCAUUAACGUCAGGUGUAUUCAUGCAUACUUGAAAUGCCUAGUGUAAUAUGAAUAUAUAAAAUGCUCUUCUUUUUCUGGGAGGGAAAUCGUGUCUGUGGCAUGAGAAUGUCGUUUUAGCAUAACAGUGUAGUCUGACAGUGGAACUCAUGUCUUACGAGGACAUGAAAAACCGUAAGGUUACUUGUGGCUUACCGGAAACAGUCACGAGGGAGUCGCUUAAAUUUCAACUCAAUGCGCUCACUUUAAACCUUCCAUAAAGUGAAACAGGUCAUCUUUGCAUGUGCCAUUCACUCUAGUUACAGGUCCCGGUCACUGGCCACCUCAGUCCUUUUUUACUGUCAAAUUCUCAACCGCAUUCAAAAGUCAAAUACCCAAUCUCACGUAUGACAGAUUAUCCUUAUAUGGUAAAAUUUCCUAAUUUGUCAAUUUGCUGAGAAAUCGUAGCGCCAGCAUCCCACACCGAUGACGAAAUGGCGGCAGAAAGCGACUCGAAGGCGGACAGACAAGCCAUCAGCGCAUCAAUUACGGCGUCAACGGGGAUUGCGAUGACUGCUAAUUAUAAUGCAUAUAUGGUUCAUAUUCAGAUAGGGACUGCAUAUUUUAGAGUUCGUGUGAGAGAGAAUCCGAAACGUCAGGUCGAUUGACUGCUUCAUAUUCUGAACUCCUUGCUGGGAUCCGCUUGUUUCCAUUAUCAGUUAAGCUAUCCCUGCUGUUCGAUGAGAUGUGGUGACAGGGAUUCAUCUUGAAUAGUUCAAAUACGUCAGUAUCGCCCACAUCUACAAAGCAUAAUUCAGCAAUUCUCAUACUAAAGGUCUUACAAAACCUCAUAAUAUUCGUCUUUAUCACCACUUGAACGCUGUUAAGAAGCACUGAUCUAUUCUACAAGCGCAGUGCUGUGACUAAAACAGGGCAAAGCAAUAACCAUCAUUUGCAACGAAUUUUCCCGGGAAUGAGAACGAAGGACUAGUGCACAAUGGACUAGUGUCAAUGAUUUGCUGGCGGCGUACUUCCCAAUAAUGUUCGGUUGAAAGAAAGAUGUGUAAGCUAAAAUAUCAUGUGUUUCUGUUGAAAAGCGAUUUUUCAACCCCCUCGUGGUUUGCUCGUCAGGCCAAUUAUUCAAUAAACUGGUCAAUGACGAUUGCAUACGCAGUUCGUGCACAUUUGGGAAACUCAGAAAGUUAAAGUGAGUUCGACAUGAUAUUUAUUCCCUAAGGAUAUCACGAAAGUGUUUAAGAGGGACACUGCUAACAACUGGAUUUUAAUUUGUGGCAUCGGAUAUGCUGGCGGCUAGGCCAGAAUAUGCAUCUUGCUUGACUACCUCAAUGGAUGUUUUGUCUAAAGCUGCGCUGGUUUCGAAACUUGCUUUUUGUUGCAUCAGCGAUGGCUUAAAAAACUAGUAACAUGGCGUGUCAAAUAUAAGCUAACGUUACGCGAUAAGAGGUCAACAGCGUAAAUUAGUAACGGAUGACUAAAUGUGUUGGGCGUUGUCGGUUUGCAAAUUACUGAAAGUAAAUAUAUUUCAUUUUCGAAUGGUCUCGUUUAACUAGAUGUAGUAUUCUGUCUCAAAAUGAGGUGUUUAUUUGGCAUUUGGCGGAGAACCUCAUAAAUCGCAUUUCCUAAUAUCUUAACGCUUUAUUAAACGUGCAUAUAAACUAAACAGGAAAUCUGGAAAGGUAGGAAUUCACUCCAGAUUGUUAAUCCCAGCUGUCAAAUGCUCAAAGUCCGCAGAACCCUGUUGCACAUUGCACAUGUAUUCAAUCAUAGAGUAGUAAUUUUCCAAGAAAUCAAAUGCCAGCUUGGGGUAAAUCAGAAGACGAUAGCCGAAUAUCUAUGCAUGGAUAUUUGAGCAAAAGUCCAUCAUCCACAGCGGGAUAAUCGCGUACUACUCACUAUCAGCCUAAAAACAGCAAGUAGUAUAUAUUGAUGGAACGGGAUAUCUUUGAAGCAGCAAACUUAUUAGUUAAUGUUAAAACGCGAGUUUAGCCGAUAUUAUGUUGCCACAUGGCACUGUUGUAUAGUGUUCUGCAGUGAAUGACAGCUUGCCAUUCUAGAAGUGAGAAUACAUAAGUUGAGCGAUGCUUGCUUUGCAGGACAGUAUAACUGCCCUGUUGAGCUGGACGCCUACUAGGACGGUCUGCGCUUAAGACUGACUGACCACAGCGUUUCAAAGACCAGAGUUAAGUUGCUCCACCAUCCAUCCUCCCGCCUCCUGAAGAUGGAGCCGCCUACUCCUCGACAUUUUCCCUCUACUAUAUGACAUCAAUCAGACGUACCCAUCAAUAAAAUUAACGCUGAAAGUAGAACAGUCCGAAUCGCGCAUCUUCCUGGAUUUACUUCUGAGUUGAAGUCUCGACCGUAUGUUGGACGCAGAGUCUAACUUUCAACGAUGUAGUCUGGGCAACACAUUAAUUUCGGUAGUUUCGUACCUGUUGACAGUAAGCCUAAUCUAGUCUAUUAUUUGCAAGGAAGCUUAUGAAGGAUCUGCUCGGCUAAGACCAUUAAGGAUGACCUUAAGAAUGUCGAAAAGUUGCUUCCCCAGAACGAACAGCUCGAUGAAUGUAUUACUUGGUGCACGGUCAAAACCACAAACAUCCCGACGCUAACGACAGAAAAAAAGACCUUUUCAUCAGGCCCCCGUUUCAGGGGCACGUGCAAAGUGGGCCACUUAACUCAACUGUAUCGCGCACCUUUCGCAGACGGCGCCUGGGUAAACUUCCCCACAAAGUCCAUAUUUUACGGAGUGUGUAAGAACAAACUACUUCCUUACACCACUUCUAUGCGCAUUAACCCCUUCAUCUGUUCCUGUGCGGCAGAUUAUCCUGGUCGCUCGAGCCGGCGAUUUUCCAAGAAUAAGAUAACACCUUACAGAAGGUUAAGAAAAGGAGCAUUUCAAGAACGUGAGCUAUUCUUUUCGGACAUACAUGAUACACGUAGAUCACUGCAUGGAUAACGAACAAGCAUUCCGGUAGAUUUACAAGGUUUCCUCAAGCUAUCAAAAUCCUUUGAACAACGUCUGCUCACCAUUUUCCUCCCUCCUGAUACUGACUGCAGAUGCAUAUUUAUCGAAAUUAUACGAAUCACCUGACCAAAUGCUUAUCAUUAAUUUCAGAAGCGCGCCGAAGUCAGUAACAUUGCAGGUCACCCCGACGUCUACUGAAACGUCGAUAGUUUGUCAUUCUACUGCAAUAUGGAAUAUCCUGAUUUCGGCUGGUAAAACGACAAACAAAUUCAGCUUUUUGACCUACUGUUGCACAUUGCAGACAAAAAGUUUAUGUCUGGGGGAAGACCAUGUUUAUGAUUUAAACAUUCGAGUUUCGGAAAUCGUUAAUUUUUCCAUACUGUGCAUGCACGUUCUUUGGAUACCAAAGCAAAAAUUAUGCACUGGAUUCAUGUUUGGAUUCUUAGUACUUAGCAGCCGGACAGGAUUAACGUUGAUCGAUCAGGUUAAAGUGUCUAUUACUGUCGUCGGUAACAACGUCUACGUUCAUGCCGUCAAUAUGGUCGACUGUGGACUGGAUUCCAAUCGAAACGCAUGUGUUUAUAUUCCUUUAAUAUAUAAUUUCUAUAUAUUAUAGGGUAAUGCAUUCCAUGCAUCUUCUCUGUGAGUUGGAGUGAGGCCUGUUUCCUCUAUAUAGACUAGCAGGUGCAAACGUUGGUUGAAAAAUAACAUAGCCUUCUGUGUGACGCCUGCUGAUUACUGAAAUAACCUAAGGACACAUUAGCAUGAUUAAUAUCGGUUUCAUAUAAAGCAUGCUAAAUGGGUUUGAUAUUUCAGUGCGCAUUCUUUAUAUUAUUGCCGUAAAAGACUAUAUUUUAGCGAGGCGUUUCGGGGUUUGCGGCAAGGACACACCGAAGGAAACUCUUGACUCCUGUGGGAGUCUUGAAAGUGAGCAUUUUACAUGACUUUUAAUUAAAUCGAUAGUUUAGUGUUCGUGUGUUUUCUUUGAAAGUUUAUUGUUUGAACAUUUCCUUAUAAUUAUAUGGCAUUUUAAUAACGACACACAUAAAUGCUCUUGUUCCUUCACGGAAAAGUUUGAACGCACAAAAACUAUACGUACGGAAAAUACAACAACCGUUUUGAGAACCGUGGUACAAUGACCUUCUAGAGCGCAUUUCCCUAAAACAAACAUUUUAAUAUGUGUGAGUAUCGCGAUUCAAUUAGGUAAACACUCGCUAUUUCAGCUAGUGUGAUUUUGCUGGGCGCCAAAGAAACACAGUCAGGAGACGGCAGUACCUCGUGUCCGUAAUAUUCUGGGAUUAUGUUGCGUGGUGACGAAUAAAACAAAUCUCUUUAAGUAACUAUUCAUAGUCGAAAAGGUCUAUUGGAUUGUUUACAUUUCAUGAUUUCGAAAAGUUAGACUUCAUUUCAAACACUUGAUAAAAUAAAAGCGACGCCGAUACAAGAUGUUACCUUCCCUUUAUACUGUUUUUAUUGGCACGUCAUUGCACCUAGCAGUCUGUGACAAAUCAGGAAAUCGAGAUGAUCAUAUGCACACAAAACCGACUGCCACUGUUAGCAUACAUUUGAGGAGCGUUGUUGUUCCAGGGGUCAUGAAUGCAUCUCCUCAAUAGCACCAAAUUUCAAUCUGCUCCUGCAAGUGCAACAACUACCUUGUCGAUUCCUUGAUAAUAUGUAAACAGAUCGUUGGUUUGCGACUUACUGCGCAAACAUAUACGUGCAAAUUUUAAUCGGCUGCAACGAGCGACCAAUUUGUCAAACAAUUUCUCGAAAAGGUUGACAAACAAGCAUGCAACGAUUAAUUUGAACAAACGCAUACCAACCUCGUCCGAUGUUCUCUUCAACCUGAGGUUCAACGCAAGCGAAAGUAGAAGUACACAAACUGUUACAGGCCUCACUGAGGGUAAAUGUCCGUGCAAAUGUCAGUUACGCCAUUUAUGUACCCAGAGGGUGUCUGUCACCUCAGAUUUUCCGAUUGAUUGAGCCUUAGCUCCAACCAUCGAAUACACCCAACCACUAAGACAGACCUGCGACACUCGCCAAACUAUAAACGUAAUCACCAACUCACGAGGCUGUAACUUGUUUACUCGACUAGAAUGUGUAGAAUUCGCGCUUAGGUCGACGCCACUUCAAACCAUAACCAUAGCAUCCUGCGUUGACCAAACCAACAAGACGACCAAGAGACAUGUCACCUCAAAGAGCUGACUACAUUUCCAACUCCAGACAUACGCCAGUCCACAAAGUAGUUCUGACCUCUUUAUGUUCACUCAAAAACCUCACACAACCCAGCUAUACGCCGUCUGUCCUGCAGUUUCUCGUUAUGUCGAUCAAAUCCAUUGCUGUCUGAAGCAGUUUCUCAAUCGAGUUUUAGCCUUUUAGAACAUCUAUACUGAUAAAAGUUGGGUUAUGGAGAGGGGAAAAAACACCGUCGAUCUGUGGAUGACGUGAUUUCUACUUGUGCAUGAAAUAGCCGCAUAACAUAAUCAAGCGUCUGCAGGUACGCUAACGGCGGUCAGCGCUACAUGCCGCCGGGACAUGACAAACAUACUUCGCGGACUCAGAAUAAAAGCGACGACGAUUUGUGAUUAGUUUCCAUAAUUAGGAAACACCUGAAAUUAGGAUAAAAGUCGGCUAGUAACUGUACUUGCACAAUAAUUCGUGAUGCAUGUGCGUGUCAGGACAACGUUUAUCUCCGGACGCUUUUAUAUUAUAUUAUAUUUAAAUAUUUUCCAAUCGAUUAUGCCACUUAUUUUCCAUCUUAUAAUUAUGAGAUCGAAUAAGCAUUCAACACUGCCUGCAAUUUUAGGCCGUCCGCUUGCAAACACUUCAUUUGAGCUGCAACGACGUUCAGCAGCGUCACACGCUACUGACGGAUAGAAUGAUAGGCUGAUAAAGCAUAUUAGUUAAAUCCGACGUGGGAUGGACUUUCGAAAUAAACGCUUGCUCUACUCAUGCUCUUUUCUGAAUCCUGGGCUGCAUGAGGCCGAGCGUUUGCCUAUCACAAAUAUAUAUUUAAUCAUCACGUUUUUCAUAUUGUGAUUCGCCACUGUGUCUGGACAUGGUAGUGAACACAGCAUUAGCUUUAUGGUAGCCGCCACGAUAUUCUCGACUGCGUUUUUGUGUAUGCUGUCUAAAUAAUUUCUGAAUUUUCUGCGCGACAGACUAAUUUAAGUGAAUUUGAGAUCGCAUUCCACAGCCCACCGGCAAUUCUCGGCCGCUAUAAUCCAGCACUGAUUAUGCGAAUCUAGUUUGCAUAGCAUCGGCGACCGUUUACAACCCGCGGUGAAUGGCAAUCUGCUCUAUCUAACCUCGUACGUUUAUGUCUAGGGCAAGUAGCUUGAUCAUUAAUGUUUCGUACGCGUAUUCGUGACCAGCACCAAGGGAUAAGGGAACCGCACAACUUCGCGAGAAUUAAUUUAGCUAGGCAGCUGUUGUUUUCAAAGUGUCUGAUAAAGGUUGACCAGAGCAUUACGUCUAUAAAUCGAAUUGUUGGUUGAAUGCCACGCUUUGUACAACAAACUCGAUAUUCCGUCGUCCUGCCCACCUAAAACACGAGUACGCAACUGAAAACAAAUCUGUGCUCUGGUAGGAACCCAUGGGCGGCUUCUAAGUAAAGUUCAUUAUUCACCUAUCCAUCUGCCCUUUCCCUUCACCUAACCCAUUAUAAACGUGUAUUCAGGCUGCAAACCUGCGCUAUGUUUAGUCCAUUAAAUGGGCGGCAGAUUGCAUUUGGCAUUAUGCUUUUAAAAAGGAAUAAGUUUUCUCCUUAUAGGUUGUGGCGCAGCGUUACGAAAUAGGCGUCGACGAAUGAUCAAAGACCAGCACUAACCGGUGGCGGGUCCUUAAACGCCUCAGCUUAUACAUGUUGGGAAGUCCUACAUAGAUGUCAAUAGUCGUAUGACACAUUUACGAAAUUGAAAGGGUGGCUGUGGACAUACCAAGGCCGUACUAAAUCAUGCGUCAAAUUUGUGACGCAGCUAAAGACUGUUCUCAAAAAUUAGUAUAACAUUGUGGGUGCGGUUUUUACAAGGAUAUUUUAGGCAACUUUCGCAAUUGUGAUAAAUGAUUUUCGCAAAGAGAGUAUUCAAGUAAAAUGUUGGUACAAGGUGGUAAGGGAAAGCCUGCCCUUCCCACAAUAGAAUUAUGAUGAUUUCUCUCGAGUUUUGCUUCCCUACGUUGGAACAUAGUUUUAUUUCAUCUCAUAUAUAAAUUGGUGCUGCAAGCAUUGGUAAUUACCUAUCAAUGUUUCGCUAUCCUUUUUUUCAUAAUCUGUCAAACAGGUAGUAAUGCAGAUUUUGUGUGCUGUCUGUCAUAGUAAAAAUGUGCCUAUCAAAGAAAGUAAAAUUGUUGUAACUAAUUCAAGUGCAUUAAUUAAUCUCACAAAUUAAGAUGUAGUAUAAAAAUGCACUUGUUUUACUAACUCCUUAACAUUGUUUACCAUUAAACAUACGCGAUGACUCACAGGCUUGGAUUGGCCUUCUCUAAUGGGCUCAUGUGCAUUCAUGAUCACAUAUGACACUGCUGCAUAUCUACAGCAAAUUUGAAUUUACACUCUCGUAUGCAGUUUGCUUUCAGACAUUUGGACGGUAAAAUGCCAAAAUUCCAAUAUGAAAGUUCAAGUAUGCAAGACAUGCUGAGCCCUCUGCUGGACUAAGUAAUCUCUGCGUGCACUUCUCCGUCUGAAGUAUUUGCUUUUGUUUUGAAAUGGCAACUGUAGAGCUUAGGACCUACAGGUAGAUUUGAACUACAUAGGUGGACCCUUAAAUUUACGGCUACUUAAUAUACCACUUUCUUCGGCGUACUUAAUGUUUAAAAUCGGCUUAAUAGCCUGACUAAAUGACGACAUAACAGCGCUGUCUAAGCUAAUGUCCGGUACGCUUUAAAGAAAAAUUGCUUAUUGCUCAUUUUUUAAUUAUCGCGCUUAAGGUUUUCCCAAAAUGACAGAACACGAUAAGAAUCUUGACAGAAACUCAUUUAUUUUCUGCGUAAUUUUGCUUUUCCACAUAUAUGUUGCCCCACUUAUGAAACUCUCUCUAUUAUCAUUCAACGUUUAACACGCACUAGUAGCUCAAGUUUGUUGAGGUUCCUACGACCUAUCGUGGUCUUUUUGGUUUCUGCAAUAAAAAACGCAAACAAUUAGCAAUUACUUUUUAUCACGUUAGUCAAUUUAUUAUUGUUUUGUUCAUUGUUAAACAGACGGUUAUUUCGUCUAUGUUAGUUUAUCAUCUGCGAAGCAGUUAGAAACAGUCCAUAUUUGCAGAAGUCUGGCAAAAAUGAAUUUUUUUCUUUAAAUAAAUUUACAAAUUGCGAAAUUUGAGUGCUUAAAAGAAUUACUGUAUUUGUAGCAACUGUGAAAUUUUCUUACUUAGAACUCACGUUGGUCCAUACCGCUAAUAGCUACUGAUGACAAUCUGUUGAAAGGGCCUUUAGAAAACUUCCGGUAACAAAAAUAUCGAAGUCGGUCUCAUUCAUAUUUAGCAAAUUUAAUAAAUCGAGGUUGGUGGAUUUGUAUGAUCUGCCUGCAGUAUUUGUCCCUGCUUGACUCAGCUCCAACAUAGACAGUCGAAUCAUGUUUGGUGGGUUAUUCUCCUCCUCCCAGUAUGUGAUGUCGACAGUUGCCUUCAAUGUUAGACCAUGUAGUCUAUACUGUGCAUAAAUGAAUUCGUUUAUCGGAUCAUAAGAAAUUCCGGAUUUUAAAUUCUGCAAAAAAAGCGUUAAAACAAAACCUUUAGACGAAUUUUUAAUUCAAUGUACAAAAUAUGCGUUAAAACAUGCUCAUCUGUCACAAUCUUGUUAAUUAACUGGCACCUUAACUUGCACUUCUUACCGACUUUACUAUUGUAACCCUUGUGUCCGGAAUUGGAGCCAGACAUGUGUAUUGCCAAUAAUUUGCAGGUGAUAUAUCUCGCAAAUACGUACACUUAAAAUGUAAAUUUGAAAUUCGGAAUGUUAAUUUAAAUAUCAAAUUCGUGUUCCCAUUCAGCAGCAUUUUCUCAAACCCGUAGUAUUUUGCCCGUUGUACUAAGUAUUCAGCAACAUGCUCCAUCCUUAUUCCAUAGUCGAUGCGUGGACAUUUUGGAAUUCCUAGAGGCAAAAUAUUUUAAAAUAUUUUUUUACAAAGGGUUUAACCAACAAGUAUAUGUACGGAGAAAAAUGAAGAAUAUUUUUUAUUUUGUGGUUUACAUUAUUUAGGCCGUCAGGUUUCUGUAUGCAACUUGGUUGUCUAUCUCAAUGAAAACCUUGGCUGAAACAACAAACAUGACUUACAACCUUGGACUGCAUAUCAAAGCAGGCAAGUUACAAGUGCCUAUGACCAGUCUUUAAUCAGAUUUUUAGAGCAUUUAACUUGUGUAAACUUUUUUACUUAUUAUAUUACUGAUCUGCAUUGUGUUUUGUUAUUAUUCAGUGCUCUUUGUUAAAACUAGUUUUUUUAGAAAUACAUUUGAAUUCUUUCACAUUACGUUAUGUGUGCGCCUAGACAUGAUUCCUUAUUGAUAUCCGAUUAUAUGUGCUGAAUAUCUAGUUACUAUGCUACGAUCUUAGAUAUAAAUUUCUGUCACAAGUUAAUGUUGGGUUUCAAAUUAUAGACUUCUGACUAACUACGACUGAAUGAUUGGACUGAAUCAAAUUUUGAUGUAGCUAAACGGACAGAAGACAAAUAAAUCAACUUCAACUACAUGUCUAAGUAUCCUAAAAUGGUCCACUCUGCAGAUGAAACAAGCCGCUAUAAGAAGCUUACUAUGCAUAUAAAAGCAACAUCCAACAACAUGAAACAAAAAGAGAAAGGCGGUGAGUAAUCUCAUCCUUUCGCCAAACGCGUUCAAAUAUUGAUGCAACAACUUUAAUGCAGAGUGAGAAUUGUCUGAUCCUAUGGGUGAGGCUUUUUAAUAGGGGUCUUGAUUGGCCAAUGAGACAGUGGAAUUAAGUGAUUGGAAGAUGAUUUAAAAACAGAUAGUUGAAUGUCCCGAUCUAUUGUUUAAACAUGGAUAGCUGCGUUCAUUCCCGGGGAGACAAUCAAAAUUAGACAAAAACGGGGAUCAACAUUAUUUUUUGAAUGAGCACAGAAUAAAGAUUUGUCGAUUUUGUUAGUUUGGAUUAGAUUUAUGGCCUCGUUGUAAUAAUUCAGAAAGCAGGCCUAUAUGACAUAAAAAGUGAGAGUGGGAGUCACCCUUCUUGUCGAUGAGAGCCGUCAACAUUUGCAUAUUGUUGAUAAUCAUUCGCAAACAAAAACCUACUCAUGCAUGCAUGCAUGCAUGAACGUUCACGGAUUCACCCUUCCCCUCUUUUUCAGCACAAUUCCUGGAGAAACUCAAAGGGGUAAGCAUCCAUCCAAAUGAAGUCAUGGCAUCUUUUGAUGUUACAUCCCUUUUUACUUCUAUUCCCCAGGACCUGGCGAUCGAGACAAUUAAACUGCUACUACAAAGCAAAUACGAUGAAACAGAGAACCGUCUUGGACACGCCCAAAUUCUUCAGCUCCUGAAGCUCUGUCUCAGGACGUACUUCACGUUCGACGGGACAAUCUACGAACAGGUGAAGGGCACACCAAUGGGUUCGCCGAUUUCGGGAUUCAUCGCCGAGGCGGUCCUGCAACGGUUAGAGUCGCUGCUCUUCCAACACCACAGACCGAAAUUAUGGGCCCGGUAUGUGGAUGAUACCUUCGUCGUCAUCGAACGGGAUCAGGUGUUGACAUUCCAAGAACAUCUCAACGCCGUCUUCCCGGACAUUCAAUUUACGAUGGAGGAGGAAGAGAACAACCAGCUGGCCUUCCUGGAUGUCCUCGUAUGCCGCAAGGAUUGUGAUGGUCUAAAGACCAAAGUGUUCAGGAAAGCGACAAAUACGACGCAAGUACUGAACUUCAACGGUAACCACCCAAUCAGCCACAAACGCAGUUGUGUAAGGACGCUCUAUCGGCGUGUCGAAACGCACUGCAGUGAGCCGGAAGACAAAAUUGCUGAACUACAAUACCUCCGACGGGUCUUCAAAGCCAACUUCGUCGACCGGUGCAUACGCAAAAGGGAUGAAAGGCCUAACCGCACGGACACCAAGUCUUGGCGGGCACUUCCGUAUGUCAAGAACGUUUCGAAAGCUGUCGGCCGCCUUCUCGCACCACUUGGGGUUGGAGUGGCACACAGACCGGAGGCAACCAUCAGGCGUCUGAUCAUAAAACCGAAAGACCCACUGGCACGGCUAGAAACGUCUGGAGUCUUUUAUCGGAUCUGGUGCAGUUGCGGACAAAGCAACUACGUCGGAGAAACCGGAAGACAGCUCCGAACGAGAAUGGCCGAACACGCGGCAGCGGUGCGCAGAAAUGACGCCAGCUCUCAAGUUGCGGCUCAUUCGAUGAGACCCGGCCACACAUUUAAAUUCGAUGAGGCCGAAAUUCUCGCAAGAGGUGACAAUCGAGUGAGCCGAGAGCUACUGGAAUCAUGGUUUACUGGCCCCCAGUCCAUCAACAAGUGCAACGAUCUUCCCAUUCAAUACAGCGUGCUGAGACUUCGUCUAGGCGGAGUAAUUGGCCACGCGGGGAGCGCACUGGUGAACACUCUUCCCAACACCCGGGUCGACGCAUCAGAUGGCCGAGCAAUCAUCACGCCAACAUCCAACGCACGUGAUGAAAUUGCGGCAAUUAUCGACUCGAAUGUCGGCCAUCAAGCAAUGAUCACCCCACGUGUGACAAUCCCGGAUGAAGGGGGAAGCCGUGAACGUUCAUAG